UGGACGUUUUUAAUUCCUCGAUUAAAAUUGAAGCAUCAUGCUGCCCGGUGAUGCGCUUAGAUGGAACAAACGUGCGUCUAUCGUGUACGCUCUCGGAGCCUGGAGCCUUUUUGGAUCUUUGGUCUACUACAAAUACUCGCACAAAGAUGAUCCUGAAGUUAAAAUGGAGCCCGUUGAAGAGGAAGAGAAACCCAACGUGAAGAACUACAAGUCCACAUACAACGACACCAGAGUGGUGUACAAGGAGGGGUUUGUGCCCUAUUCCACACGGGUGAUGAAUUUCAUCACAGGCUCCAAGCCCGCUGCCGCAGAAGCCGCAAAAGAUUCAGAAGAAUUCAAGUCGGACUGAGUCACCCAGAGAGAGAGAGAGUUUGUCUCAUUGUUGAAAACAUGGAAUCCUUCCUAAAAAACAUGAACAUUCGUUCAAAUCAGACUGAGAUGCAGAAAGGGUGUAUGUGGGUGUUUGGAGUGAACAUGAGAGGGAGAGAGAAUGUGUGAACAACGUGUGAGUGCUGGGCCAAAAAUAUUAAACAGAGAAACUAAUAGGCUUAUAGGUACACGUAAACGCUCCCGACCGCAAGCACGUUGGAAAACGCUCCUCCCAGCCACAUGUAUGAGUGUUGUAGAAAUAUGAAAUCCAUCAUCAAAACAUGAAAGUAUAAUUGCACUCUCUUGGUCUGUAAAUAAUGAAUUGAACACAUACACAGUGUUUUCCAUUGUUGCCUAUUUUUUUGCUUCAGUAUUAGUUCCCUGUGAGAAAAUGUCUUUUUUAAAUUAAUAAUAAAAUUAUUGUUAUUAUU